AUGGUCAACACACGCAGCAAAUCCUCUUUGUCCUCGUCACUGCCUCGGUCAGAGCGCAUCGAGCUCGUGUCCGGCGAUAUCACAAAGCUCGAAGUAGACGCCAUCGUCAAUGCAGCCAAUAGUAGCCUCAGAGGUGGCGGAGGAGUCGAUGGGGCUAUACAUCGCGCAAGUGGGCCAGAGUUGCUCGAGGAGUGUAAGACGCUGGGGAGAUGCGAGACGGGAGACGCGAAAUCGACGAAGGGCUACAAGCUACUUGCUCGCUACGUCAUCCACACCGUCGGACCAGUGUACACUUCGUCAAAGCAUGACAAGUGCGAGCAGCAACUUGCAUCUUGCUACACGAGAUCGCUCGAAGAGGCCAAGAGGCUGCACUGCUCAUCUGUAGCUUUUCCGAACAUCUCCACCGGCGUCUAUGGCUACCCGAAAGACCAAGCUUGUCGCACGGCGCUGGUGACCGUCAGAACAUUCCUCGAUUCCGAUGCCGAGGUGUGUCCUGAGUACUGCCUGGCUCGGUGUGCUGAUGUGCGAGCGCGAGCAGAUCGACAAAGUGACAUUUUGCUCUUUCUCCGGCGAGGAUUUAGAGUUGUAUCAGCGGACCUAUGCAGAUAUCAUUGA